AUGUUGCUGCCAACCUCUGCCCAGCUUGCCCAAGUCCACCUCUCCAAGUCUCCGCAUCUCAAAUCCCAAACAGUUCUCCGCGGUGAGUACACAUUGACCUCUACGGUAUUGGGCGAAAAACAACACCAAGUUGUCUUCUACAAGGUUUGUGUUUACAAAGUCCAAGGUCGUCACAUGUUCUCUAAGUUGCUCGUUUUACGAAAAUUCAUUUAG